AAAGUGAAAAGUAAGAAACCAUAAAUGCAGUUUUCUCAUUUAUUUAUUGAACUUGGGUCAUGGGAUGAAACUGCUAAUCAAGCAAUAGUAGGGGGACUAUUUUGUGAUGAAACACAAUCUAACGCAUUAAAACUUUAAAAGUAAAUUUGAAAUUAAACCCCCCAUUUGAGUUAAAUAUGAGGCGUUCAAAUUUCACAAUUAAAGAGGCGCCAAAAGAAUUCUGCACCCUUCCGUUUUUGUGCGUUUCUCAAUUCUCAUGGAACCCCUCGUUGGAGGUUCGCCGGAAACUUCUAUGUCACCGGAGACGGUUACCACGGCUUUGGAAACUGAGACCAACGACAGAAUCCUAACAUUCAUAAGGCCAACAGACACAGGAAAUGUAAAAGCCAAUUCAACUUCCGGUCCUUCAUCUUCAAAUUCAUCUGCUGCUGAUCUCAUUGCUUGUAGCGAAGAUCUUUUAACCGAAAUUUUUCUCCGGUUACCGGUGAUUUCACUCAUACAAUUAACGUCCGUAUCGAAACAGUGGAACUUGUUCAUAAAAAGCUCCAGUUUCUGUCUCCUCCGAAACCCUAACCCCGAUCCCCCUUCUGGUCUCUUUUUUGAAGGUUCUAUUAAGAUUUUACAAUCCUGCAAUGGUUUACUCCUCUGCGCCAACGAUUUUCAAAAGUAUUACGUUUACAAUCCCACAACCAAUCGAUUUACCACGCUUCCACAACUAAACAAUUUCAAUCCGGAUGGUAUUUGCUGUAUGACAUUAGCUUUCGAUUCAUCAAAAUCAUCUCAUUACAAAGUCGUAUGCAAUUACAUGUACAGAGUCAUGAUGAUCGAGAUUUACUCAUCAGAAUCCGGCAAAUGGAAGAUCUCAAACGAAAGUACAGACGAUUUGGUAGAUCUAGAUCGAGGUGUUUACGGACACAACGCCAUUCACUGGAUGAGCUUUCCGAAUCGGCUCGUAUAUCUGAAGCUAGAUUCAGAGCAACUUCAUUACAUCGACAUAGAUACACCUGACACCACCGUCUAUGGCACAAUUCUCGAUGAGUUUUUAGCAGAAUCUCGUGAAGGUAUGCUUCUUGUUGUGCGUUGUUGUAGGUUCAGAAGGUUGAAUGUUUACGAGAUUAAAAAAGACUAUUCCGAGUGGUCAAUCAAGUAUCAUGUCGACCUUGAAGAAGUUAUUAGGGUUUACCCAAGCAUGCUGACUCGCCUUGGGCUUCAUUUUAUGGUGCAAUCGCUUGUUCUUGGAGGAAGAGAAGAGGAUUCGUUUAUAGUUCUCGAACUUCCUGGGAAACUUAUACAAUACAAGUUCGUGGUAAACACAAUCUCCCAGCUUCGUGAUUUCACCACUGAGAGUCGUAGGUGUGUUCAUGGAGGCUUCUUCCCAAAGACCAUCUUUCAGCUCUCUGACUUUACACGUGAGAAUCGUCGUUUCAUCAAUGGAAGCUGUUUUCAUUUCAUCCCUUCCCUCGCUGGUGUCUGAGGUAUUGUACUUUUAAUAUACUGUAUAUGUAAAAACGUUAAAAUUUGAGCAUUUAUUGAAGUAAUUUGUUGGUAUUUUAUUAAUGGA